AUGUAUUCCAGCGAAGAGUUCGAACAGCAAGAGACUGCCAGUCGUACCACUGGCAGAGCUAAGCCGCAAGUCUGGCAAGAAGGUUCUGGUGCAAAAAUUUUUCAAUUCUUCAUACCAAGUCGCAUUCUCCUGAUAUUUGUACUCACGAAGAUGUUUGCCUUAUGCUGUGCAAUCGAGAGCACAUCCGAUGCACAACGUGAUGGCCAUGAAAACGAAAUACUUAACAUGGUCCGUGCCUCUCUAGUGGAUGACGACGCUAGUGUACGUUCGGCAGCUGCGAAGGCAUUCGAUGUGCUCCAAGAGCAUCUCGGUCCUGGUGCAAGUUCAGACACUGCACUUCAAGCCUUGAGGGAGGUCCUGUCGGUCUGGGCGUCUACUGUGUUCCCUGUUCUCAUCCCGGCCUUGAUUGCCACACCUAUGACGGUUUUCAAUGCUAGAGCUUUAGCGUCUCUCGUUACCAGUUGCUGGGCAUGCCUUGAGCAAGCGCCUCAUUGUCAUCCUUGGAGCAUUAGUGAAGCCUCAAUAAGAGACCCAGAAGGUUUGAACACCUUGAUGUUACUCUUUCUUGGAUGGGCCAAGAGUAAUGCGCCGAAACGGCGGAUUAGCUCCUGUAAUCUCUUUGCAGUGUUCUGCGAGGAAUCUGAUCUAGACUCGUUGUUAUACUGUGUUGACUGGGUCCGACAACUUGUGUCUCUCUUCGAUGACCAAGAGGUUCCAGUCCAUACUGCGGCUUGGCAGGCAUUUGAUGUAUUCGUCAAGUCAGUGCCAAAGGAUGAGCUGGAGUCUCUCAGUGGUCCCCCUGCGCCGGACGAUCAAGAGCACUGUCUGCAAAAGGGAGUCGCACCCACCGUCCCUAUCAUUAUUGCUGGUCUCACCAUUGGCAGCAAUGAACAAUGCGAGAAUGCAGCGUAUGCUAUCGGAGACUUGGUGGAACGGACGGAGGAGUCUGCCAUCAAACCUUUCAUGCUACCACAUCCUCUUGGUGUGAAGACCGCCAUCCUCAGUGCACUGGCCUCCAUGCUUGAGAGAAUUUCCGGUCAUGUUAAACUGUUCUUCCCUCAGCUUCAGCGCACGUUUGUGAAGGCAGUUAGCAACACAUCUUCUGCCAUUGUACGAACUCGUGCAGCAGAUGCUUUGGGUAUCCUCAUGCACAGCCAGCCAAGAGUUGAUCCUGUUGUUAUGGAGCUCAUCGCUGGUGCGAGAUCAAGUGAGGAGGAGAUUGCUGCUAGCUUUGUCCUUGCAUUAUCGAACAUUGUGAAGAGUUCUUCCGCACACGGUGGUAUUGGAGAUAAGGCUAGGGAAUCCUGCAUUGAACUUGUCCAUGACGCAUUCCGGGAAUCACACGAGGAUCACUACGUUCAGGCAACAGCAGCAUUGAUAGCCUCAUUGUCAACAAAUCCGCAAUCACUGAAGCCGAUUGUCAACCGACAUGCCACAGAGAUGUAUCCACAGAAAUUGGUAGAGGCCGGUACUACUCAACAGCACUGCUUCGCUCUUUCUUCAUUCUCUUCUUCCAUGGCUCAAAUGAAAUCGCAUUCUCGGUCCUCUCUUGAUAUGUUCUCUCCAGUUAACCUGAAGCCUGUACAAGACGAUGCCUGA